GCCGUGUUCUACUCCAGCGCGGGGCGCGUCCUCAGCCCGGAGCUGGUGGAAGAGGCGCAGACGCUGUUCGCCACCCUGCUGGACCGGUCGCGCGAGUUCCUGCACGCGCCGCCGGCCCCUGUGCCCAGCGUGGGCGAGUAUCUGCGGACGGAGAUCGCCCGGCAGCUGGAGCAGUGGAGGGGCGAUGCCGAUGCCAAGCGGCUGACGCUGGCCGUCCUUAACACGUGCUUCAAGCUGGAGUGCUGCGUGAGCGGGACCCACAGCAUGGACCUCGUGGCGCUGGGGCCCUUUGGGGAGUACACCAUGCUCCCCGGCCUGGACUGCACCUUCCCCGGUGGCUACGGAGGCCUCCCGGACUGCCUGCUGCGCUCCCUGCCCGAGGGGAGCGUGAUGUUCCACAAGCCAGGCUGGGCCGGCUCCUACCGGGAGGGGGGCCACGAGGGGCGGCCGUUCCCGGUCCAGGUGGAGUGUGAGGACGGCGAGAGGUUCCUAGCAGAUCACGUCGUCGUCACGGUGCCGCUAGGGUUCCUUAAGGAGCAUCACGAGACCUUUCUCCACCCGCCGCUGCCGCCCCGGAAAGCCGACGCCGUCCGACGCCUGGGCUUUGGGACGAACAACAAGAUCUUCCUGGAGUUUGAGCAGCCCUUCUGGCCGGCAGACUGUCAGCUGAUCGAGGCUGUCUGGGAGGACGAGUCUCCCCUGGCCGAGGCUGAGACCGACCUGCAGGCCGGCUGGUUCAGAAAACUGGUUGUCUUCGUGGUCCUCCAGCCACCAGAGCGGUAGAGACACGUCCUCUGUGGUUUCCUUGCUGGGAAGGAAUCGGAGUACAUGGAGACCCUGAGUGAUGCUGAAGUUCUCACAGUCUUGACGGACGUCAUCCGGCGACUGACAGGGGACCCCCCCCUCGCCCCGCCGAAGAAGGUGCUGAGAUCGCAGUGGCACAGUGCGCCCUACACCCGGGGCUCCUACAGUUACGUGGCCGUGGGCAGUUCGGGAGACGACAUCGACGCGCUGGCUCAGCCCCUCCCCGAGGACGCCGCUGACCCUAGGCCGCUGCAGGUGCUCUUUGCCGGAGAAGCCACGCACCGGACUUUCUACUCCACCACGCACGGGGCCCUGCUGUCGGGCUGGCGAGAGGCCGACCGUCUGCUCGGCCUGUACGACCCGUCCGAAUCCCACCAGCACAAGCCUCGGCUCUGAGGCCGCCUGCUCGCUUCUCCCUGCUGCCGGGAGGCGGUGGCUUCCCGUCUCCAGCUCAUCCCUCGACCUCCAGUCCCUCGGGCCCUUGCCGUGGCCAGGCGAAGGGGUUAGUGUCUCUAGCCGGCUCGCUCGCUCUUCAGGGCUUGUCUCCCCCCGCCCCGGGAUCAGACUAACGGC